AAUGGUUACACUCAUGUUAAGUUUCACGUAUGUGGAAAAAACUUCAAUGAGAUGACCAAGGAUGACCUGUGUUACUUGAGGACAGUUGUUGCCAAUAUAUUGCUUAUUCCGUCAUCGUUUGUGUUGAUAGACGGCGUCGACCCUUCUUCUAGUAUUACAGUUACAAUGCUUAUUCCGGAUCAGCAUGUUGAAAUAUUACAAAAAAUGUUAAACGCAAAGGACAUUGACCUGUCGGAAUUGAUAGCGUUCGGAGUUGAUUCUUUUACGAUAGGAGAAUCUGUGUUCCCAGUUGCAGAAAACAGUAAAAUAUCCACUGAUACGUACAUGGAACAAUCCGAUGUUGAAAUGAUUGUUAAAUUGCAAAAAUCAAGGGAUACUGUCGCAAAUCUGGAACUGGAAAAUAUGAAACAGAUGGAGAGAAUCAAGGAAGUUGAAACCCAAAAUUUAUUACUGCAAGCUCAGAAUGAAACGUUCAUGCGUUCUGCUAAACCAAAUCAUAUGUUCCCUGAAGGAAAAAUAAAACUUGAAAAGCCCGAUGAACUUGAUACCGAGAUACAAGAUGCUCUUCUGAAGUUUAGUAACUACCUCGAAGAAAUGUCGAAAGAUAACUGCAACAAGCAACUAGUUCUGCAAUUGCUAAAAGCACAUGCUACACUUAUAGCAACACGUUGUUUCCAGGAAUUAUCUAUGAUGAUUAGCAAAGUUGCAGUGCAGGCACAAAACCUCACGAUACUUAAAGGCACUCAUGUUGCACUAAGACAUUUCUUCGAAAGCGAAGCCGGAGAGCCAACACCGAUAAAAAUUGUAAAAGAGAUAUCACAGAAACUACUUCCGGAAGAAAAGAGCAUUUUAGAAAAAGACUAUAACUGGACGGAACAUGACAAAGAAGCAUUUCAGAAGAGUUCACUGCCAUUUCUUCUGAGUCUUAUGGCUAAGGAAUCGACAGAAAAGGGCGACAAAGCAUGCCGGAAUUUGACAGAGUUUCUUCGAAGAUGCCUUACAAAAAUUAUUCGUAUCGAUCUCCUUCUCGAAUUUCUUGAAAAAGUAGCAAACUAUGGAGAAGAAGAUAUCGAAGACGCUGCAAGUAGUAGUACUACUGCAUCCGAUAUUGAAGUGCAAGCAAGUAGGGUCACAAAAAUGGAGGAAAUGUCAAAGAAUGUUAAGAAAAUAUUAGAUAAACUGAAUAGCCUUGACGACAAGAUGCAUUCAGUACCAGAGUUGGGCAACAUCGCAAGACAAAUAAAAGGAGAAUACCCUUUUUGGCUCUACAAGCUACUGUGUGCGGAAUAAAAGAUUCAAUAGACGAUUGCACGUGGAAAGCGUAUAAUAUACAUGUAUAUCCAGUUCUAGUCUGAAAACAUCAAGAACAUUUUCAUUAAAACACGAAAAAGUUACUGUCGAAUCGACAAGUUAUCUAGUGACAUACAGACGCCACGAAAGAGUGCCAUCACAUUUGAUCUACAAUUGUGCUUGGUAAAAUAUAUAAAAGACGUUUCAGAAUGAAAAUGAUAUAUCAAAACGAUGUUAUACAGAAUUAACUUUCUGAAUCGAAUAUCAUGCGUGCAGAACAACUCACUAGACACCUACGCACUUCAAAAAUCGCGGGACGGGUUGCCUGAAUUGUUACGCCUUGAUCUCUGCCAACUUUACAACCAUUUCUCUUGCUCAUUUCGCAAAGCAAUUCAAACAAUUCAAUUUGUUUUUCAAAAGGGUAGUUUUCAAUUCUAGACAGUAUUAGGUAUAUAAAUUUCAUGCCUUUCUAUGUCAGUCACCUAGUAAAAACGCUUCAAUGGAAAUCAGAGUUUCCUCUGCUUUGUCUUAUCUUGCUAUGGGUGCAUUUGACGUGGUCAUUCUUAUUCAUUAACUCUAUUUGUAUGAUCAACUAAAACAUUUAAACAUUGUGCUUCAAGAAAAAAAAGAAGAGUUUUAUUGCUUUAACAUUUUCACUUAAUAUCUCUGAUACAGCAUGUAAAACUGCAUAUGCGCCGAAAUAAAUAAUUAUUUUCAGACUUUAUUGAAAAUAUGCAUGUUUAAUUUUAUAUUCAUGCGUCACAUCUUCAAUCACAAUAUAAUACCUGUGUAUGAAACACAAUUGUUUAUGUUAUAAGGAAAUAAUCAUAGAUGUUAGUUUUACUUCAUUGUUUGUGCGUCUCAUUCUCUACAGCUUUAAGUAUGCUUAUUUGUGUUUAUAAUGUAAAUCUUAAACCUGAGAGCUUUCAUUGAUUUCUUAACAAAAUGUUAUAGUCUGAGUGCCAGACGAAGACAGACUGUUAUAUUGACCGAACAUAUUGUGUUACCCAAAAUACUGUAGAGUCAAAAUUUAUAUAAAUUUUAGAGAUAUAUGUUAAACCGCUGCAUACAAUUUUAAUGAAAACUGUGUGUCAUAAAACUAUACAGUCAUAGUCAAAUUAUAUAGGAUGAAAUAAAGUAAACCGAUGUUAGCAAAUCAUAGUGCAAGAUGCAUUCAGUGUGCAUGGUGUACCACUUUUGCAAUGUAAUAACGGAAUAAUAAACGGUUUCUUUUCAACUGAAAUGAAUAUAGUUUUCUCAUUAAGAUGCCAUCCAUUAACAAGUUUCAUAAUAUACAGUUUUUAUUUUAUAAAGUAUCUUAUAAUUAAUAAGUCGGUUUUUUGGUAUCGUCCAUGGCUACAUAACUAUGGCCUGUGGUUAGUUGUUCUUUCCCACAUUUACAACUCCGUUUAAUAAUAAUUGCAACACAAAAUUUUGAUGUAUAUUGUUAUCAUCUUACUACACGCGUCAGUACACAUAUUUACGCUGUAUUAUUCUAAGUAAAAUGAUUAUAAGUGAAUAUAAAUAAAUUGAACUGAAGUGUUUUGCCGAUCAACCGAAAAUCACUCUCCAUGAGCACACCAUUACGCAUUACGCAACAGAAAACUGGAGAAACGAAGAUAUGUAUUUUUUUUUAAUUUUCAAAUUAUUUUUCUUUCUCUUCGUAAUAAAAGAUUGUAAAAUGUAAAGUAUCUACUUAGCCUAAUCAUAUUCGCUUAUUCUCAAACAAAUUAACGGUAACCUUAUAAAACGAUUCAUGCUGGACAAUGUCGAACAACGUUUUGUAAUAAAACAUUAUCUGAGUAAUUGGAAGCCUCCCCUGUAUACAUAUGUCUAUGUACUAUGUAUUUUUCAUCACAAAAACUUGGUAUAAUUUAUAAAUGUUAUGUCAAACAAUAAUAUUCGCAUGAAAUAUUAGUUUUAUUAACUACCACAGGAACAGUUUUUAAGUACAGCGUUGCGGUCGUUAAAAUCAUCCCGUGCUCUGACUCGGUAUUCAUUUAUAAUUAUGGAGUAUGCAUUUUUUUCUGCAAAACAGAGCUCUGCAUAAAUCGGUGCCAGGGUGCGUGAUUGGUGUUGCCUAGUUCUAUACCUGUCAUUGGCAGACUCAAUCAAACCGAGUCUUCUAUUGCUUCCUUAGUUGCAUUUUGUGCUUCAAAUAGAUUUUCUUUUAUAUUUUUUGACGUUGUGUUACUCGCCGCUUCUCAUGAUUUUAUGCUUGUAGUGUUAUUGCGCUUACACUCUUCCAGAUACAUGGUUUAGAAUAUAUAAAACAUGUCCACGUUGUGUUAAAAUGAAAUCAACAAUAUGUACUCUAGAUGAUUGUUUCUCAGGCAUAAAACAACGUGUUUUAAUGCAAAUCAUUUUCUUUUACUCAGAUAUUUCAUUAUGACACAAUUGCCUUAUUGUCUUAUUCUUAGUCAGUCUGUAGUAAUACCGGUAGUUUGUUUGUUUGUAAUAUACAUGUAUCCGAUGUAUUUUCAAAUAAAUAUAUUAUUUAGC